UCCACCUUCUCUGCAAGUUUGUCCUUCAAAACAUCCACAUAUAUAAAACAAAGAGAGAAAUAAUGGCAGAGAAAAGAGGCAGCAUUGCUUUCUUCACAACCUACAGACCCCCUGUGCCCCUUGAAAUAUUUUCCUGUCCAUAUCCACCAACCUCAAACAAAGAUGAGCUCCCAAUGACCGACGGAGUUUCCUACAACUUCAAUGGCCAUUCCAUUCCACCUGCCGCCCUCAAGACUAUCCUCAGGCGUCCCAAAUUAGUUCCCGAGGGAAUCAAGGACACCGAUGUUGAUUCUGGUCGUGUUUCUGGCCUGGUUUUUGUCUCCGAAAGAGACAACCUGGAAACCAUUCAGUUUGCUCUUCGCUUUCAUGACCAGAAGCCGAUUAAAACCAAAGUGUUCAGCUUUGCUGAUGUUUACAGCACAUCAGAUAAGGCUCGAAUGGAAGACAGCCCUUGCAUUGCCGGAAAUUACCUGGUGUACGUUUCCACUAAAGAAGCUGCUGACAAGCCUCGUCAACCCUGGACUGCUGUGUAUAAAACAAAUUUAAGUGAUGGAAAAACCGAACGCCUUACUCCGUCUUUUGUAGCUGAUUUGAGCCCCUCGGUGUCACCCUCUGGUAAAAUGAUAGCAAUGGCGUCGUUCCAGAAUAGGUCGGGUUGGGAUGGUGAGAUCCAAGAUCUCAAAACUGACAUCUAUGUGAUGUUUGUUGAUAAGCCUUCCAAUCGAAGAGUUAUCAGGCGAACAAUGAUCUUAAAGAAUGGUGGCUGGCCGACAUGGGGGAGUGAAGAUGUAAUAUUUUUCCACCGCAAGGUCGGAGAUUAUUGGGCUGUGUUCCGAUUUGACAUGAACACGAAAGAGCAGACUCGUGUAACACCGGAUAAAUGUAAUGCCAUGACACCAGUAGCCAUUGAUGCAAACACUGUGGCUGUGGCAACUAUUUUUGAUAUAGCUAAAUUUGGGGUGAACCGGGCAGAGAAUCAGUAUCGUCACAUUAUGGUAUUUGAUUCAACUGACCCCGAGAAAAAAAUGAAAAUUUCUCAAAUAUCUAAACCUCUAGCAGAUCACUUCAACCCAUUUGUGAUAAUGGAUGGUGAGAAGAAGCGCAUAGGAUAUCAUCGUGUCAAUUCUGGCCUUGUGAAGUGUGGAGCACAAAUAGAAAGACAGUUCAGCAAGAUCAAAUCUCCACUGGAGGAUGUGGGACUGUUUAGGUUGUCCGGAGCAUUCCCAACGUUUUCCAAUGACGGUAAGAGGGUGGCCUUCGUUGACAAUGAGUUCAAGUCUGUUUGGGUAGCUGAUGACAAAGGCUUGCGGAUUGUUUAUGAGACUGAAGGGGCAAAUAAAAUCUUUGCUCCGGUGUGGAACCAGAAAGAAGAUAUCCUAUAUGUAUGCAGGGGACCUUCCUUUUCAGACAAGGAAACACUGGACAUUUAUCGAAUCCCCAAUGUUUCCACAGCUAGACAACAUGCUGAACAGCUCACUGAUGGUUCCAACAAUGCCUUCCCUUCCACCAAUAAGGAUGGGACGAAAUUAGUUUUUCGAUCUACAAGAGAUUUCAAAGACAGCGAGAAGAAAUACAAGAAUUUAUACAUAAUGGAGGAUGCAGAAUCUGGAGAUUUCGGAGAAGGCGAAAUUACAAGACUUACAAAUGGGCAUUGGAUCGACACUCACUGCCACUGGUCCCCGAGUGGAGACUGGAUAGUAUUCUCCUCCACUCGGGACAAGCCUGCUUCUGCACCAGAAUCCGACAACGGUCUCGAUGCCGGAUACUUCGCAAUAUAUCUAGUCAACCCUAAAGAUCCAUCAGUGGUGGUAAGAGUUUUAGGAAGUGUUCCGGCAACAGAUCUAACUAAUCCUCUUGCAGGACACGUCAACCAUCCAAUUUUCAGCCCGGAUGGAAAAAGCAUCGUCGUGGUCGCGGAUCUUGCUGCUGUUUCGGUCGAUCCUAUCUCUUUGCCUCUGGUUGAACAUUCGGUGAGGCCUUAUGGAGAUAUCUUUACAGUCGAUAUCGACAAAGACGACAUAAAAAAGAACCAGGAUCUGACAAAGUACGAACGCAUCACACACACGAGGUACGAGAAUUCGACUGCCAGCUGGACAAUGUUUUCCACGGAGGAUCCGAAUGCAGCAUGGAAUCUACAAUUCAGUGGAAAAUACAGUCCUGCAUGCCCUUAUGCACCUGCCGAUGGACGUGAAAGUUGGCACAUGACUGGCCACUUGUGCAUUCCGAAACGCUGUUGUUGAUUAUAAGUGUGCAAGUGAAAGUAUAAAUAAAAGCGAAAGCUGUUCGGUGUGUGAUGUUUGUAAUAUAUAUCAAGUGUGUGGCGUGUAUUCGUGUAAUCAAUAAGUGGACUGCUGAUUUUCUCUCCACAGGUUUCUUACUGUGUGUAAUUUUGUAAGAUAUUACUAUCUUUUGUGAGAUGAAAAGAUAUCAUUGUGUGUCA